AUGAACAUCUGUAUGAAGAAUGACCACAUAGUGCAGCUGUAUCAGCUGACAGACAUGUGUGACAUCAGGUGUCACACCCAUAAAGUAGCUCCUCCAACACGGCUGUGUGACAGACUUCAAACUAAACUUCAUCACAUGGUGGAUUUCUGCUGCUGUUUGCUGCUGGUGGUGACAUUAAACAUCACAGAGAAGGAGCGCCACCCUGUGGUCAGUCAGAGGAAGAGCAGGUUGGUAAAAUCAGGUCUCCAUUUUGAGUUGGUGAGUGUGGUUUCUGCGGUUGCUAUGGAGGAGGAACUGCAGCAGCUCAGAGAGCUAGUGGCACAGCUUAGAACAGAUAACGAGCAGCUGUCUCGAGCGAGAGAUGCUUCCCAGGCCGGUCCCAGUAGGGCUGACCCCGCUCCUGUUGCUCCGGCUGCUGGUGCCAGCUCCAGGGUCACUGAACGGCUGGUUGUCAUACCUAGAGAGCGUAGAUGUCCCAUGUUCAAUGGCAGAACAGGUGUAGGCAUAGCUGAGUGGAAAGAGGAGCUACAGGUGUGUAUGCGUGCCCGCCACCUGUCUGUUCGUGAUCAGGCUUUCUUCAUCUUUGACCACCUAGAAGGGGAGGCCAGAGAAGAGAUAAAGUAUCGCCCCCGUGUGGAGAGGGAGGAUCCUGACGAGGUUUUGACCAUCUUGACUGAGCUUUAUGGCUGUGUACAUUCAUAUGUGACCCUGCAGCAAUCUUUCUUCUCCAGGAAGCAGCAGGACGGGGAGACAUUGUUAGAGUUUUCCUUGGCUCUGAUGGCCCUGAUGGAGCGUGUCAAGCAGUCAGCACCUGAUGCUCUGCCUAAUGCAGAAAUCCUUCUUCGCGACCAGUUCGUGGAGCAUGUGCUUGAUGGUACCCUUCGCAGGGAAUUGAAGCAGUUCAUUCGUCGCGACCCCACUGCUUCUCUGCUUGACACACGUGGAGAGGCCAUUAGAUGGGAGAGGGAGGGCUCUCCAAGGGGUGUUAGGGAACGUAGCCACUCUCUUCCUUUGGCCCACGGUUUACAGUAUGGAGUGCAGGGUAGUUCUCGCCCCGCCCCUCUUGUCUCACCCCAUGACUCAGAGUUGAGCGAAGUGAAGGCUCUCUUGAAACGUCAACAAGGACAGCUUGACCAACUGGCCCAGACCAUGGCUUCUUUGCAGGCUCGUCCUUUUCCACCUCGGCCCCCUCGCAAUGGGCCUUUGAUCUGCAGAAGAUGUCAACAGCCAGGUCAUUAUGCCAGCGAUUGUGAUGGGGAGCGAGUCCCCCCCUCGUCCCCGUGCUGGUUCUUUGACUGGUCGACCUACUACUGGGGCUGGAUUUUCCCGCCCUGCAUUUCAGCCGGAAAACUGACGCCCACUGAGCUGCGGAGCCAAAGCUCAGUUGGGGAGGCUAGAGGCUCGCAACCUGACCUCAUUGAUCGGAUAAUGGCACCGUGUCCCCAUAUUGAUGUCUUGAUGGGUGGGGUCACGGUUUCAUGCUUGUUAGAUAGUGGUUCCAUGGUGUCUACGAUCCCUGAAAGUUUCUUUGUAGAACAUUUUGCAUCAUGGGGCCAAGAGCGCCUUCGGUCUUGUAAUUGGCUGCAAUUGCGGGCAGCUAAUGGUCUUUGUAUCCCGUACAUCGGUUACUUGGAGCUGGAUGUGACCUUGUGUGGAAAAGUGGUCCCUGGUUGUGGGAUUCUGGUGGUGAGAGACCCUCCUGAUGCUGCAUCUGCUUCCCGGGGAUCUUGGGGAGCAACAUCAUUCGUCGAUGCUAUCGUGAACUCUUUGCCAUGUAUGGCCCCGCCCUCUUCAAUGCGCCGUCGGUGGUUCAAGCCCCAGGCCCAGUCCUUGAAGCCUUGCAACGGUGCCAUCAGGCCACCACAGAACAUCAGAGAAACAUCACUGGUUCCGCCCGGGUUCGUGGGAGACGGGCAAUACGAAUACCUGGUUACCCGUGGUACAGUUUACGUCCCAGUGGUCAAUGUGGGGACGACUGAUGUCCUUCUCUACCCACGUGUUGGUCUUGGCGCUUUAAGUAGUGCGCAGGUUGUCAGUCUACCAGCUGGCGUAACUGAGGUGAAGCUCACUACAGCCUCAGUUUCAUCCCAUGCAGCUGCUGGCACAACAACGGGUGGGGUACAAGCUGGGGACCUGUCCGCUUUAGCCGAGCAAGAGCAGAGUGAGGUGUAUGCUCUGCUGCAGAAAUACCAGGCAAUUUUCUCGAAUCACGACGGUGACUUGGGUUGUACCAACCUUAUCUCUCACGAGAUUCCCUUGCUGGACGAGAUUCCGGUGAGACAGCGGUACCGACGGAUACCACCUUCGGAGUACGAGGAGGUGAAGGCUCACAUUGACCAGUUACUUGAAGCUAAGGUGAUCCGGGAAAGCAAUAGCCCUUUUGCUUCCCCCAUUGUCCUGGUCCGUAAAAAGGAUGGUAGUCUCCGGAUGUGUGUUGACUACCGCCUGCUUAAUCGCAAGACACGGAAGGACGCAUUUCCCUUACCUCGCAUCGAGGAAAGCCUUGACUCCCUUGCUGGAGCUCGCUGGUUCACCACCCUCGAUUUAGCGAGUGGGUACAACCAGGUCCCCGUCACAGAGCAGGACAAGUCGAAGACAGCCUUUUGUACACCUUUCGGUCUCUUCGAGUUUAACCGUAUGCCAUUCGGCUUGUGCAACGCUCCAAGCACCUUUCAGAGAUUAAUGCAAAGGAUGUUUGGGGAUCAACAGUGUCAAUCCUUGCUCUUGUACUUGGACGAUAUUGUUGUAUUUUCAUCUUCUGUCUCUCAACACUUGCAGCGACUGGAGGUGGUCCUCAGUCGGCUUCAGAGGGAAGGCUUGAAGGUCAAACUUGAGAAGUGUGCCUUUUUCAAAAAGGAGGUCCGUUACCUGGGGCACAUUAUCUCGAGCCGAGGCGUUUCCACGGACCCUGCCAAGAUUGAGGCGGUGGCAGAAUGGCAGCGGCCCUGCCAUGUGUCAGAGCUGCGCUCGUUCUUGGGGUUCGCCAGCUACUACAGGCGGUUCGUGGAGGGGUUCGCUAAGCUGGCAGGCCCCCUGCAUAAGUUGGUGGCAGAGCAUGCAGGUACCCGGUCCAAGCGAGGCUCUGGGCGGGAUUUGGGCUCUGCAUGGACACCCCAGUGUGAGCAAAGCUUCGAAGCUUUGAAGGCGAAGUUGGUCUCGGCCCCAGUGCUGGCCUAUGCAGAUUUUGCACGCCCGUUUAUCUUGGAAAUCGAUGCAAGUCACAGUGGCCUGGGAGCUGUCCUUUCACAGGAGACUGACGAUGGUGUUCGGCCAGUGGCGUACGCAAGCAGAGGGCUUCGACCCACGGAGCGCAACAUGGAAAAUUACAGUUCGAUGAAACUGGAGUUCCUUGCACUCAAGUGGGCGAUGGGAGAGAAGUUCCGGGAGUAUUUGUUGGGGCAUAAAUGUGUGGUCUUCACGGACAACAACCCGUUGAGUUACCUGGAUUCUGCCAAGUUGGGGGCCGUAGAACAGCGGUGGGCCUCCCAAUUGGCUGUCUUUGAUUUCGAGAUCAGGUAUCGUUCGGGACGCGUCAAUAGGAAUGCUGAUGCCCUCUCCCGGCAGUAUCUGUCAGGGUCCAGUCUGGCUGAACGGGUGCUACCUGGCACUUCGAUCCCACUGCUCCCCAGUCAGCUUCAGUCUCGGCCAGUGGUACCUGCAGCCCAGGCCGCGGUGUCUGUCUUCCGGGGCCAUUCUCCAUCUGACCUUUGUUCCUUACAGGAGGCAGAUUCUCUCUUGGGUGACAACUUUCUGCGCUUUUGGCGGAGGCGGGUUAAACCGACUCAAGAGGAGAGGCAACAACUCCCUGCCUUAGCUUUGACGCUCCUGAGAGAAUGGGACCGCUUGGUCGAACAAGGUGGUGUACUGUACCGCCGGACUUUCCGUUCAGAUGGGGAAGGGUGUCUCCAGCUUGUUCUGCCUGCUGUCCUUAAGAAGGAGACCCUGACCCAGUUGCAUCAAGACCAUGGUCACCAAGGUAUCGAGCGCACCACAGAACUGGUACGACAGCGCUGUUACUGGCCGAGAAUGUCUGCUGACAUCAAAGAGUGGGUCCAGACCUGCGAACGCUGCCAAGUUGCCAAAGAUUCAGGGUCAGUGCCCCACAGCUUUAUGGGUCACGUGCUAGCGUCCCGGCCGAACGAGAUUGUCGCCAUCGACUUUACAUUGCUAGAACCAUCACAGAACGGGUUGGAGAACGUUUUAGUGAUGACCGAUGUGUUUAGUAAAUACACUGUGGCAGUCCCAACCCGGGACCAGCGUGCUGUGACGGUUGCCCAGGUCUUGCUGACCGAAUGGUUUUUCCAGUUCGGCGUUCCAAGCCGCAUUCACUCCGACCAGGGUCGGAGCUUUGAGAGUUCCCUGAUCCACCAGCUCUGCCGCUUGUACGAGGUUGACAAAUCGCGAACCACUCCUUACCAUCCAGCCGGCAACGGACAGGUCGAACGUUUUAAUCGGACGCUCCAUGACUUAUUGCGAACCUUGCCAGUCUCCCGGAAGCGGGAUUGGGUUUCUUGUCUUCCUCAUGUGUUGUUUUGUUAUAACACUACGCCACAUCAAAGUACAGGGGAGUCACCUUUCUUCCUGAUGUUUGGUCGAGAGCCCAGGCUCCCUGUGGACUUUCUUUUGGGCCGGGUCCAGGACCCUGAGCCAGGGGACGUACAGAACUGGAUGACCGAGCAUCAGGCAAGGCUCAGAGUGGCAUUUGAGAAUGCUCGUGGUAGGUUGUUGGCCGCUGCAGGUCAACGGAAGGAGCGACAUGAUCGGCAUGUUCGAGAGGCCCCUUUGCAGGUGGGCUGGCUGGUCUAUCUCCGAGACCUUGGUGUCAGGGGUCGACACAAGCUUCACGACAAGUGGAGCCCAGUGCUCUACCAGGUGCUGAAAGCCCCAUCCGGCAGUGGAGCAGUUUACACCAUUGCCCCUGCUGAGGAGCUCCACAAGGCUCGGCAGGUGCAUCGGAAUAUGCUGAAGGCUCAGGUUGUGUCCAGUGCAUGCCCUCCCAGGGUGCUUCCUCCACCCGCUCCGACGGCGCCCAUAGGUUUCCCUGACUCACCUGAAGAUGGGGAACUAUGGCUGCUGGCGCUGGGCCUGACCCAGGUCCAGGCCCAAGUGCGGAGCCAGAGCGUGUUCAUUCUGUGGCUCCGCCCUCUAGUGGUCAGCCUAGCUCUUCUCAGCCAACUCGGCGUCGUACUGGCCGUUCCACCGCCGGUCAACAUUCCAACCUUCAUCGUCUUCCCCAACCGGUGGGCAUCAGGGGUGAUUUCUGGUGGGCAGAUUGCAGAGUGGUUUCACCUGUAUAAGUGCUGCGCCUUCUCUGGCGCGCACACUGCUGCCUGGCACUCGUGGCGAAGACUCGGUGUGGCGUCUGUUAGUUGUUGGUUUGUUGUCGGUUGGUGUGGCGUGCUUCAGUCACUUGAAGGACAGGAGCUGGUGUAG